CCAUUUCCCUUUUUCCCUCUCCUCUCUCACAAACAAAAACGAGCAGCGCUACUUACCCCCUUCUUCCCAUUCUUAUCACUUAUCAGCGGCGGCAGCCGAACAAAAAUCCACCAACCCUCUUCUCCUUCAUCGUCGCUUCUCCUGCUCAACUCCUCCUCCUCCUCCUCCAUUAAUGGCGUCUUCUCUAACCAGCCUCGCGAGCGUGCGUCUGGCGGUGGCCGGGCCAGGGAGCCUCCGCCGCUCCCACCUCCGGACCUCCUCGUCGGGUUUCUUGGGUCUCCGAGUGAGCUCCUUGCCGGCGUCAAAGAUCUCCUCCGCCGCCGCUCUCUCCGGCGGCCAUGGACUUUCCUGCCUCUCUGUGUCGUCCUCCCGGAGGAGUGCCCGCUACGCCACCUCGGCUCGUGCUGAGUUGAAGGAAGCUGAAUUGCAGUCUAAGGUCACCAACAAAGUGUUCUUUGACAUAAGCAUUGGGAACCCAGUGGGAAAUCUUGUUGGAAGGAUUGUGAUAGGGCUGUAUGGGGAUGAUGUACCCCAAACAGCUGAAAACUUUCGUGCUCUUUGUACAGGGGAGAAAGGCUUUGGCUACAAGGGAUCCGCGUUUCAUCGUGUCAUCAAAGAGUUCAUGAUCCAAGGGGGAGACUUUGAUAAGGGAAAUGGAACUGGAGGUAAAAGCAUAUAUGGCCGUACAUUUAAAGAUGAGAACUUCAAGUUGUCUCAUCUGGGACCUGGAGUAGUUAGCAUGGCAAAUGCAGGACCCAACACCAAUGGAAGCCAGUUCUUCAUUUGCACUGUCAAAACGCCAUGGUUGGACCAGAGGCACGUUGUGUUUGGGCAGGUCCUCGAGGGGAUGGAUGUGGUGAAGCUGAUUGAGUCCCAAGAGACUGACCGGGGGGACCGGCCAAAAAAGAAAGUGGUCAUCAGUGACUGUGGCGAGCUUCCAGUGGUCUGAGCCGUGGUCUGAGAAAGAGAUCCUCCCUGUUUUCUUUAUUCAAGCGAGGCACCAUCAGGAUCCUAGAAUUUUUCUAGAUUUAAUCUCAUCGGCUAAGCAUGUCAUGUAAUAAUAUUCAGUGGCCUCAUGCAAAUGCUGUUGAUUUUAAGUUUGAAUUGAUGAUCCAUUAGCUCCCUGCUGUUGGAAUGUAAUGCUUUAAAAUUUUUAAAUAUUGAAAGUAUGGAUGGCCACUUUAUAUAUUGGUGGAGGGCAUUUUAGAGAACAUCUAAGCAAUAAUUGGGAAACUAUUUCAUUA